CAUAAACACACUGUUAAAAGCCGCUUGAUAGCGCUCAUGACUUACCACUUUGUUUAUCUCGUGCCUGUGAGGAAUAGUGAGCUGUGAUCAUCAUCUGCUUUCACACCGUAUCAUUUCUGAGGGAAUAUCUGAACAGAGCAGGCUGUUGCCAUGACAACAGACGAGGCAGAGAGUCACCAGAUGAAUCCAAGGCAGCAGGAGGAAACCAGCCGGGAUGACAGACCGCCCUCACCAGAGGAGGAGCAGCUCCAGCCUCGUAGCCGCAACACUCCCAGCCAUGGCCUCUCCCGCCUCUUUUCUUCCCUCCUGAAGAGGCGCUCACAGUGUGAGAGUGAUGCAGUCGAGAAAAAGGAAGAAGAAGAAGCCAAAGCCCCCAUCGCUGACCCUGAGCCUGAACUGAAGACAGAGGGAGAGAUGGCCCUGGAUCAGCACUCAGUGAGCAGCACAGAGGCACAGAUUGUCCAGAUAGAGAAGAAAGCAGCUGAGGAGGAGGAGGGUGAAAAGGACAAAGAAAACAGCAAGGAAAAGGUAGAGGAGGGUAACCUGGAGGAAGAGAAGAAGGAGAAGGAGCAGGAAAAAGAGUCUGGUCCUGAAGGUGCCAGUAAGGAAGAUAAGAAGGAUAAAAUGAUAGAAGAGGAAGCCAGAGCUCCCAAAGCUCCACGCCGACCCAAGACCAUGCUGAUCAAAGUCACCCUGCUGGACAACACUCUGUAUGAGUGUGAGCUGGAUAAACAUGCCAAAGGUCAGGAGCUGUUCAUGAAGGUGUGUGACCACCUCAACCUGUUAGAGAAAGACUACUAUGGUUUGGCCAUCUGGGAGACACCAAUCAUCAAGACUUGGAUGGACCUAACCAAGGAGAUCCGUAGGCAGGUACAAGGUGCCAACUAUCAUUUCACCUUCAAUGUGAAAUUCUAUCCACCUGACCCAGCCCAGUUGUCUGAAGACAUAACAAGGUACUACCUAUGUCUCCAGCUGCGGAAGGACAUCUUGCAGGGCCGACUUCCUUGCUCCUUCGUCACUCUGGCCCUGCUGGGUUCCUAUGCCCUACAGUCAGAGUUGGGUGAGUACGACCCCGAGGUACAUGGCUAUGAAUACGCCAAGGACAUGAAAAUGGCCCAAGGUCAGACCAAGGAGCUGGAGGACAAAAUGAUGGAGCUGCACCACACCUACAGAUCGAUGAGUCCGGCACAAGCAGAUAUGAUGUUCCUGGAGAAUGCCAAGAAGCUCUCUAUGUACGGAGUGGACCUCCAUCAGGUCAAGGAUCUGGAUGGUGUCGACAUUAUGUUGGGUGUUUGUUCCAGUGGUCUUAUGGUUUACAAAGACAAACUGAGGAUCAACCGUUUCCCCUGGCCCAAAGUCCUCAAAGUGUCAUACAAACGCAGCAGCUUCUUUAUCAAAAUAAGACCGUCUGAGGUGGAGCAAUAUGAGAGUGCAAUUGGCUUCAAAUUACCUAAUUACAAGGCAGCCAAAAAACUGUGGAAAGUGUGUGUAGAACAUCACACCUUCUUCAGGCUGACCUCCACUGAGAUGGCCACUACUCCUAGGAAGUUCUUGGCUUUGGGCUCUAAGUUUCGCUACAGUGGUCGGACUCAGGCUCAGACGAGACAGGCAAGCUCUCUGAUCGACAGACCAGCUCCUCUGUUCCAGCGCUCCUCCAGCAAGAGGAACUCACGCAGCCUGGAUGGAGUCAUGGCAUCCACCCCUGACAAUAAAUCUACUCGUCCAGUCAGCGCCCCCGUUAUGUCCCCUCUGUCGCCUGGGGAGGCAACUCCAUCACCGCUGUUACCCACCCUGCCUUGCUCUGACCACCGUGACGGCUCCACACGCAAAGACCACCACUCUGCUCACAGGAAGGCAGACACAAAGCCAGAGAGUCACACAGCUGAUUACACUAAGAGCCACAGCACCAGACCAGAGUUCACUCCAGAAAUCAAGAGAGUGGCCAGGAGAGAGCGGAGGCACUCGCCUUCUAUGACCAUCGCUAAUGGGGAAAGAGAGAAAAAAAGCCAGAAAAGAGCAAAGAAACUUGAGGGUGAAACUAUUUAUAUCAGACAUAGCAAUUUAAUGUUGGAGGACCUGGAUAAGACCCAGACUGAGAUCAUGCGCCACCACACUAGCAUCAGUGAGCUAAAGAGGACUUUCAUGGAAUCUGUACCAGAACCUCAGCCCAGUGAGUGGGACAAGCGUCUUUCCACCAACUCGCCUUUCCGCACUGUGAGCAUUAAUGGCCAACUGCAACCAACGUCUCCACUACUAAAGACCCAGACAAUCACCAUCUCAGAUGUCACAAACUCCCUGAGAGGAAGGGUGACCUACAGGGACAUCCCCUUAGUGCACACUGAAACCAAGACCAUCACAUAUGAGUCAGCACAGCCUGUUGACAGCCUGGCAGAGAGGGAGUCAGGAGUGCUGCUGAGCGCCCAGACCAUUACUUCUGAGACCAUCAGUACCACCACCACCACCCAGAUCACCAAGACAGUGAAAGGAGGGAUCUCUGAGACUCGAAUUGAGAAGAGAAUUGUCAUCACUGGGGAUACUGAAAUUGAUCAUGAUAAGGCUUUAGCUCAAGCCAUUAAAGAGGCCAAAGAGCAGCACCCAGAUAUGUCUGUUACCAAAGUGGUAGUGCACCAGGAAACAGAAAUCACACCAGAGUAAGACAGACUGAUCCUUUCAGAGACCUGUCAGUCGCCCACACUCUUCCUCCUUACUUGUGUUACGAUCACACCAUUUUACUGCAGCACCCUCAGCUGUGGCACCCAACUGCACAGCCUUUGACAUGAACUACCAGACCACAUCAGAGGGAACAAGUUUCAGUGUUGAAUCAUGAACUUUAACCUCCAUGUCUGUGGAAUUUGCCCUGAAGACCUGAGGAAGAUGGUAUCGCCACAAAAUUCCCUUCCAGUAUUCCCCACAAUCCCCUCUUAUUCCAUUUGCCAAAACAUCAACCACUCUGUUUUCGAGAAAAUUUAGAAAAUACAGUAUUUAUGGAUUUAACCUCUCCAAUUUGUUUGGAGAUUGAAAAAAAAUUCAAGGGCAUUUGGUCUUUUAAUCUUAAGAUUGCUGGUUGUUUAUUUUUCUACAGCUUUUCUUAGCAUUUGAAAUGGUGAAUUGAAUUGGGGGGUGGGGAUGCAUUGGGAACCAAGAAACCCUCUAAAAUCCUAGCAUGAAUUUAGUAAUCAUUCCUUGUACAGUAAAUAUUUAUUUUGCCUCUCGUGAAAAAAAAUAUUUUUUCAAUUCAUGUACAUAAAAUAUCGAUUUUAUCAAACCAGAGGGGCAAUUACUCCUUUUACGUUAUUUAAAGUUCAGACUUAAUCACAUGCUUUUUGAUUGUUUUAACUGUGGUAGGGCUAAGUGUCAAUAGAGUGGGACUUUUAUAAGGACCAAGGACACAGAAGUGACUGAAACGUCCUUUUCUUUAUUUAUUCUCAUGGAAGUCUUCUUUUUGUGUGUUUUGCAUUUUAGAUCUACCCAGCUCAGUUCCAUGAUUUAGUAUUGAGGGUAUUCCAGUCACAAGAUAUAGUUUUACUUAUUUCUACUAAGCAUGACAUCAUAAUUUGCAGUGUGUUCCGUAUAUGUCCUAGAUUUAACACUUAACACAUCUAGCAAAUGGGCAGUGUGUACUCAUCCAGACAGCUAAUUCAGAGUCAAAGUGAACCAUCUGUUUGAUCAUUAUUGAAGCAGUUGAAAAACAAAGACAGCAUCACAGAUGAUAGUUUCCUCAUUAAACCACAAAGUUUUGAUGUGUAUCAUCUUGCUCAAUCAGAGACUUUACUUUCAUGUUUGUAAUUUGAUUAGAAUCCAAAUAAAUAAUAAUAAUCCUCCGAUUAUUGCAACUCCUGUGUGAAAACAUUCAUAAAGAUAUCUGAUUAUUGUUGUAUUUACAUUCAUUAAUUUAACCAAUUCCUAAUAUUCAGAGUUAGUAAAAUGAGGUAUCUGCACAAAGCAGUUAGGAUAGUGUCAGUUUAACUUUGGUCUUUGUUGUUGUUGUUGUUUUUGUUAUUUUGUAUAUUUCUAGCCCUCAUGAUAAGGUUUACUUGUAAAGUAACUGUAAUUCUGGGGAAAGAAAAUGUGGGUAAAACAUGAUCAGGUAGACAGAUUGUAAAAAAGUCAAAAGUUUUUACUAAUAUAUAUAUAGAAUUAACAAUUGAAGUUAAGAAUUUAACAAGGUACACAAAUUGAAUAUAUUAUUACCAAACUGUUAAAUGAAGGGAAUAUUAUAAAUACAAAUAUUAUAGGUUAGGUGUAUAUUCAUUGAACUUGUCUGUAUGUUACCUUUAAAAACAGUUGUGUUUGGAAGAUAUGUUCAAACUUGUGAUGUUACAGUGGCUUUUUGUUUACAUAGUCGAUUGCUUUUGAUUAGAUAGAACUGAUUGUUCCUAGCAACUAAUUUCCAAAUUCUACUGAGUAUAUAUCAGCUAAGAUGUCCCUGUAGCUACCAGACUGCAAAUCUGGGGCAACCAAAUUUAGUAAAUUACUUGAAAUUGUCUAGUAGUUACAGAAAAAUUGAAAAUGCAUUUCUGAACAAGACUGUGUAACCCAAUCAUGCUGAGUGCUUUGUUGUGAUAAACUUAAAUUAUUCUUUAAGGAACAGUCCUGAUAUACAUGCCUUAUGUUCAGAAAAGUGUUUUUGCCCCUUUAACUCUGAAAACAAGUGGUGGCCAGUUUUGAUGAAACAUACCCAGGAACUAAACCAAGUUUUAUAUUUUUACUCUCUGACACUUACUGUCAGUGUUGAGGUCAUUAGUUGAAACUACUAAUUGCUAUAUAUUUAUUCACCUGCAAUUCUGUGUGAACCAAAGUACCAAAGUAUAAUCCAUGCAUGCAGCAGCAGCAUCAUAAUGUCCACACAAACAGCAGUUUAGCUAAUAAUGAUGGAUUUUCAAUGUUAAUACUA